AUGGCGAACGAUACCCCCGUCUACAUCUUAGGGCUUGGAAGUAUCGGGUGUUUUGUCGCCCAUUCUCUUCGUUCUGGACCCGAGAAAACCCCCAUUACACUCCUGCUUCAUCGAGAGUCUCUGCGCCAUGAAUUCGUCUCCACGGGACAGAAAAUAAACCUGCAGGUCGGGGAUGACGGAGACGUAGACGAACAAUCUGGCUUCAAUGUUGAGGUGUUAGGGUGCGAUUCCACACGCCUAUCGCGCAUUCGUUACCUUAUUGUCACAGUCAAAUCGUCGAUGACAGUAGACGCUAUCAAACCUGUCAAAGAAAGGCUCGGGCGAGAUUCUGUUAUCUGCCUCUUCCAGAAUGGCAUGGGCCAAGUGGAAGAAUUGAAUGAGCAGCUAUUCCCCGACCCAGCUACCCGCCCAACGUAUAUGUUCGGGAUCGUUCGGCACGGCGUCUACCUGAAAGCGGCCUUCCAAGCUGUGUUGGCUGGUCGCAAUGGCUGUGUUUCCCUCGGCUUUAUGGACGCAGAUGGCUCAGACCGAUCCCGGACGAGAAACCGUUUUCUUAUCGAUACUUUGCUCCGAUCAGCAGCUCUUAAUUGCGAGGAAUUAGACUGGACAUGCCUUUUGCGAGAUCAACUCUUCAAGCUGGCAGCGAAUUGCGUCCUCAAUCCUCUCACAGCGCUGCUAGAUGUUCGAAACGGCGUUAUCGCAGAGAUGGCGCAGGUCAGACCAUUAAUAAAGCGCCUCCUACAAGAGAUAUCAACGGUGUUUGGUCGGCUGCCAGAAAUCCAGAACCAUUCUACUCAUGAUCCCUCAUGCUUCUCCCCCACGUCCUUGGAGGCCGUCGUGAUGGACACGAUCAGAAAGACAGCGGCAAACUCCAGCAGUAUGCGGGAGGAUAUCCGUCAAGGGAGACCAACAGAAAUCGAAUUCAUUAAUGGUUGGAUAAUCAAGCGCGGCAGGGAACUGGGGGUCGAAUGUGUGGCCAAUUCAUCUCUAACCGAACUGAUCCGGUCGAAGAGUAGUAUCGCUCAUUAA